AGUGCCAGGGAGGAGGGAAGGAGGUAGGGGCAGGGCAGAGGGAGCCAUCCUGCUCGACACUGGGCUGGAGCCAUGCCGCUGCAGACGGAAAUCCUGCGUGAGGUCUGGGCUGCUGACAGAGGGUCUCGCCCACCUCCCUCCCCCCUGCAGGACCUGCAAAGGGCUGAAAGCCCUCAACCCAUUGCUUUCUGUGCCCCACAGCCCCAGUGAGGAGCCGGGCAGCCCCCAGCAGCACAAGCCCAAACAGCACCAUCCACACGGGCAGAAGCUGAAGAAGAAGCGUCAGGAGCCCAUGCUGGAGCCUGAAGCCAAGCCCCGGCAGCUAUGGGCAAAGAAGUUGGGUGAGGCAGGGGCUGCGGAGGAGCCCCACGCCCCAGUGCAGGGGGUGAAGAAGCUGAGGAAGAAGAAGGAGGAGACUGACAAGGACCCCUACUCCAAAUUCACCAGGGAGCCCCGGAAGAAGAAGGAGAGCCCGGUCCCUCGCUUCCACAUGGCCAAGGGCCCCAAGAAGCAGCAAGAGCCAGAUGAGGACUCAGAGGAUGAGGAAGAGGUGGAGAAUAAAGACCCACCAAAAAAACUCAAGAAGAAGGUUUCCAAAGAGCCCCCAUCGGGUGAGAGCCGGGAGAAGAAGCUGAAGCCAAAGGCUCACUCCUUCCUGCUGUCCCCACCAUGCCACCUCCCCAUCCCUGCCUGUCCCCGUCCCCCUGUCGGGCUGCUCAUCGGUUCCUGCGUCCCACCAGGCGACAAGAGCGACCACGACAGCAAAGCCAAAUCUGCCAAAAACACCAAGAAGGAACCAAUGUCCAUGUUCCAGGUGAAUGGGGAGAAGAAGGAGAAGAAAAGCAAGAAGAAAGCCACCACAGACAGCGACGAGGAGGACAAUUCUGACUCCAGCACCAAACCCAUCAGGUCAGAGAAGAAGAAAAACCCAGCGUCCCUCUUCCAGACUGGCGGAACCCCCCCCAAGGAGAAGAAAACCAAAAAGAAAGCUCCUCCCAAAGUGGCUGAGAGUGAGGAGGAGACCCCAGAGACUCCGCAGAAAAACUCCAACAAGAAGGGGAAAGGGAAGAAAUCAAAGAAGCUGAAGGAGGAGAGGCCCCCAUCGCCCAUCAUUGAGGUGGACAACCUGGAGGAGUUUGUGCUACGGCCAGCGCCACAGGGGGUGACCAUCAAGUGCCGAGUGACGCGGGACAAGAAGGGGAUGGACCGGGGGCUUUACCCCACCUAUUACCUCCACUUGGAUAAUGACAAGAAGGUGUUCCUGCUUGCCGGGAGGAAGCGCAAGAAGAGCAAGACCUCCAACUAUCUCAUCUCCAUUGACCCCACCGACCUGUCACGGGGGGGGGAGAACUUCAUUGGGAAGCUGAGAUCCAACCUGAUGGGAACCAAGUUCACAGUGUUUGACAACGGCGUGAACCCUGACAGGGCCAAUGCCGACUGGUCGAACGUGCGGCAGGAGCUCUCGGCCGUGGUCUAUGAGACCAAUGUUUUAGGGUUCAAAGGCCCCCGGAAGAUGACAGUCAUCAUCCCUGGGAUGAAUGCCGACAAUGAGAGGGUGCCUAUCCGGCCCCGAAAUGAUAACGAUGGCCUCCUGAUGCGAUGGCAGAACAAAAACAUGGACAACGUGAUCGAGCUGCACAACAAGGCACCGGUGUGGAAUGAUGAGACCCAGUCCUAUGUCCUCAACUUCCAUGGCCGGGUCACCCAUGCCUCUGUCAAAAACUUCCAGAUUGUGCACGGCAGUGACCCCGACUACAUCGUGAUGCAGUUUGGGCGUGUGGCAGACGACGCCUUCACCAUGGACUACAACUACCCGCUCUGCGCUGUGCAGGCCUUCGCCAUCGCUCUCUCCAGCUUCGACGGGAAGCUGGCCUGCGAGUAGCGCCGGUGCCGGGGCUGCCGGAGCUGCCAGGACCAUGUGCCAGUGCCUGGUGGAUGCUCCUGCAUCCCUGUCCUACUCCACUCCCUCUGUUUCCACCUUCUGCCCAGUGAAUGCUUGCGAUUACAGCCUCUCCUGGGGUGGCUUGAGGUGCACGGUGACUGCAGAGCACUGUGGGACACUCAUCCAGCUGUGGUCACCCUCUCCAGGCAAAUUGGGGACAGACCGCUGGUCUGGGGCAGACGGCAGAGUCAGGUCCAGAGUAUAUUUAGCAGAUGAGACUGACUGCAAUUCCAAUCUCAUUCCUUUGAGAUAUUUCUUGAACUUGGAUCCUGGAAAUUCAUCCCCCCACCCCUUUUUUUUUUUUUAGGUUCUGGUUUGUAUUUUGUAGCUCAGUCUCUCAGUGAGAGAGGGGUUGGUGGUCUCCUUGGUUUGUGUUCCCUCACCCCCCUAUGAGUGUGCACAGAGCCCACACGUGGCCAGGCUCUGCCCAAGCUCCUUGUGAGGGAUCCCUUGCCCAGUCUGAUGCCCACUGGGCACCAAACCCUUGUUUUGCCCCAUUUUGCCCUGGUGCAAGCCCCUGCGCUGUCUUUGCACACCCCAGGCUCUCCACCCAUUAGGUCUAACCCUGCUGCCUGGAAGCCUUUGGGGAUUUUGGUCCCUAAGGAGCAGCCUGGCACCCAGAGCACUGGCAGCAUGUGGGCACGUGCCGAGGGAAGCUGGUGCUGGUGGAGGAAGGCCAGAGGCCAUGUGAGGCAGCGUCGGCAUUGCCGGCACAGGGCCAGGCUGGGUCAGUACCACCAGGAGGGACCUGGAAGGGAAAACUCUGGGUGCACCAGGAAGCACCGGGGUGACUCACGAGGUGUGGUGCAGCACUGAGUCACACUCAGUGCCCAGACGGGCCCCGCCAAGCCCCCCAUGCCCCCGCUGCUCACCAGCAGCUCUGCCGCAUCCCUCCAGAUCCCACCGAGCUGGUGGUUCCUCAGAGCCCCGCACACCUUGGGUGUCCCUGCUGCUGGGACUGGCCCCACUGGUGCUCCCUGCUCGUGGAGAGGUGGUGGAUGGGAGGUGGCACCCCGUGGCACAGACCUGUGGGGUGUCACGGGGGGCUGCAGGGAGUCUUUGAGAAGGGGAAAUGCUGGAGAGACGCAGCUCAGGGGGUGCAGGGCAACCCAUGCCCCCAUUUCCAGCACAAACCCACCUUUCUGGGAUGAGGAUUUGGCUGCACGCACAGUCACAAAUCUGAUUAAUUCAGUGAUUAAUUCAGUGAAUGAAGGUGCCCCAAAACACUGUCAUUGACUUCCCGAUAACGCUCCUCUCACCUGCUCAGCUCAUGCACUGACCCCAGGGGGGCUGAUACAAUUUGGAGUCCCCUUCCCAGAACACGUACAGGUCUUUCCCACAUCCUGGGGGUGAUCCAAGUCCCCUAAGUUAAUGCCGUGAGAGGUAGCCGGAGCAAAAAGGCUGAGGGGCAGGACAUGGAUGAGACAGAUGCAGUUGUGAAGAAGGGAUGCUUGUCCUCGCUGGGCAGUGUUGCAACGCUGCCGUGGCCCGAGCCCAUCCCUGUGAGGGGCUGGGACAGAUGACAGUGACAGUGGGACCAUGAGCUGCAGCCGGACCGGUGGUGAACAUCUGCCCUGGUGGCUUUGCAGAUGGAGCUGAGGUUUUCCCAUCAGCUGUAUGAAUCUGGGCUCUGUGAUUCAUUGGCCGACGCUCAUGGUGGGGGCAGAUGGAGGUGGACAGCUUGAGGACAACAGGCUGGUGUGGAACAUUGUCCCUUAUCCACAUGGCAAGGUCAGAGACCUUCUUGUGAGCUAAAGGGAGAAUCAGCCACCAUGGUUCAAGGCCAGCAUCCCCUGGCUAGAUAUGGCCAACAAAUGUGGGGAAAGCAAGAGCUUUCUGCCCAAAUCCAGCCACAAAUCCAACAUCUGUUUGAAAUCGGGAAAAGCUCAGCUAACAGUUGAACUAACACUUGUCCUCAUUUCCUCCAGUGGAAACAGAAAAGUCAAAGUAGGGUGAGAGAGAGGGGUUUGGGUUCCCCAAGCUCUCGCUGGAGCAUGAGCUGCUAUUAUCCCAGCUGCUCCUGGGGGAUUUUCUCCCUCACUGCACCCAAAACAUCUCCAUGUUGCCUGUUGUUGCUUGCAAUUCCCUUGGAUUCCCAGCCUGCAGCCCACAUGGAGCAAAAAAAUCUGCCAUAGGCAUCCAACACGAUGCCACCCCAUCCCAGAACACGGUUACUGUACCAGCCGCCCACCCCAAAUCACUUACACAAACCCUCUAACCCAAACCAACUGUGGCACAAGAAACAAAUGAAAACAAUUUAAUAGGGCGAUGGAUAUUUGGGCCCUUUGUUUGCGCUGGCUGUUAACACCAGAGGAGACAACGAAUGGAAGCAGUUGAAAUGUGUAUCUACUUUGGCCGAUGGAAAGUGUGACGGAUGCGCCGGCAGACCAAUGGCUGAGGAUGCUGGGGUGUGCGUGGGUGUGAAAGGAAUGCUUGCUGCAAGAAAAGAUCAAAAAAAAAAAAAGAGAGAAGGAGGCUUAUCAACGGGGUUUGAGCCCAAAGUCUGUGUCUUCCUUGGAGCAAAGGGUUUUCUCAAUCCCCAGGGAUGAUGUUUUCCCCACAGCAUGAGACUUUGAGGUUUCUGAAGCUUCCUUUUAGGGGGGUGGUGUUAGGCUUGGUGGUGCAGGGAUGGAUUUAACCCCACAAAGCACUUGUGCAGCAGCACAAGUAUGGCCAGUGGCCGGAGGUAACUGUCAGCAACUUGUCAAGGGAACCUCCUGGGAAAUGCAUUCUAUUUUUGCAAAGAUGGUUAUAGGGCGAAGGGGAGGAAAAAGAAAAAGAUCCCACCUUGGUUCUGAGUGCCACAUCCUAGCUAGGACCAAUGUCACUGCGGUGCCGUUGGCUCUCACAGGCGGUGGUUGCUGGCAUCUCUAUCCCACACCGAUGAGUGGAAAGAUGCUGGUCCAGGGCUGAGCAGGAGGAUGGAAGUGGGGGGGCUCUUCUCCGACCACUCGCUUCUCCCUUUGCCCCAGACCCCUGAGGCUUGAGGGGCUCCACGCACCCAACCCCGAACAUGGCCUCAGCCCAUGGGCUCAACCCUCUUAGGGGAGGCUGUGGGUUAUUCCUGUGGGGCUCCAAAAGGCAAAUGCUCCAUCAGCUGAGCAGCCUGUGGAGUGAGAGGGCUGGCUGCAUCCUGGCAGGUACAGGAGGGAAGCCCAACGCUGGGAAACUCCUCGCCUGGCAGUAGAAGGGCCAGAGCUGUUU